AUGAAGGUGUUGUCAGAGUCCUCCUGCUCCCGGUUCCUCCUCGUGCUGUUCUGUCUAACAGGAUGUGCCAUGGGCCUCAGGGUACACCUAGGCAGCUGCACUGUCAGUGCACACACACAUGAACUACGCAAACACUACUCUGAGAUACGGGCAAGCGUGAUUGCAGAAGACAGUAACAUGGACAUGAGAUUACUGAGAGGAGCAGUGAUGAAGAAUAUGCAGGAGGGGGAGACAUGCUGUUUCCUGCGUCUGCUGCUGCGCUUCUACGUGGAGAGAGUGUUCACCAGCCACGCCUCCUCUCAUCCCCAGGACCGCCGUACCAUCAGUGCGCUGGCUAAUGCCUUCAUCACCAUUAAGAGAGACCUCAAACUGUGUCAUUGCCACUGUGGAGAGAAUACCAGAAGCAGGCUGGACUCCCUAAAUACUGACUUUGAGAAGCUAGGAGUGCAGCAGGCAGCACUGAAGGCUUUGGGGGAGCUGGACUCUGUCCUGGAGUGGCUGGAGGGUCUUGGUCCUCACACACACACACACCCUUCAUCGCCAUAACAGAGAGAGAUAGAUC